AUGCAACAACUAAGUGGUGAAGAAAAAACUUAUCUUAGCUCUGAUACAUUGUGCAUUGAGGAAGGGAUCAUGGAAUCCGAGUUAGAAAUGCUAACCCCAGAUGUCCUAAAUGCCAUUAAUUGCUCCGGAUUGCCUCCACACCAACUAACAUUGAAAGAAGGCAUGCCUGUUAUGCUUUUGCAUAACAUUGAUCAAUCAAGUGGGUUACGUAAUGGAAUAAGGCUACAGGUGGUACUAAUUCCACGCAUGAACAUGAUAUAUAACAACCAGACUCUUCCAUUCAGGUUUCAGUGGAGACAGUUUCCCAUUAUUGUUUCGUUCGCCAUGACUAUUAAUAAGUCACAAGGACAAAUGUUAAGCACAGUUGGGUUGUACCUGCCUAGACCUGUUUUCACUCAUGGGCAAUUGUACGUUGCUUUCCACGAGUAA